AUGCCUGCUCAAUCAGAUAUAGGCUUACCUCCAGUAGGUAUGGAGAAUAGAAGUCUGGCGAACCUCAAACUUGAUGAUGAAGUUACAGGGCUGCCUUUGGAGAGUGGUAUGAGUCUAUCCCAUUUGCUAGCUACCGUCCGUAACAACCCCCUCCUUGAUUACCGAAGUAGCGAAGAGCUUCCUAGUAAAGCAGAUGUGGUGAUAAUCGGUUCGGGAAUAUCAGGAGCUCUGACUGCUCUGAACCUGCUCGAAUCACCCAAUCCACCUAGAUUUGUGGUAAUUCUUGAAGCCAGAGAAUUGUGUUCGGGAGCGAUAGGUAGAAAUGCAGGUCAUUGUAAGCCUGAUUUAUGGAGAGGUUUCUCUGAAUAUGCUGAGCGCUUUGGUAAGAGCCAAGCACUGAAGGUAUUGGACAACGAAAGGGAGACUCGGGACGCUCUAGUCGACUUCGUUAGUAGGAAUAACAUAGAUUGCGAUGUAUGGAAUGGGAAAACACUGGACUUUCUGAUGGAUGAGGAAGUGGUCGCACGAUCAGCAGAUAAUAUGAGAGCUUUCAAAGCCGCUGGGGGGGGAUGCUAG